AUGCGGAGUGACGUCCAGUGCAUGGUCUCAGCCGUGCUAGAGUCAGACGGCGCCACCAUUGACGACGCCGAGUACUUCGCCACACUGCCCGACGGCGCUGACCUCACCGUCGAAGCCCAGUUCCUCACGAGCUCUGGCCGGUCUGAGGGACACAGCGCAACUCACCCGCUGCGCGUCAUCCUCUUCGACGACCCGCCGUUCACCACCGUCUCGCGCGGCGGCGGUGGCAACGUCACCUUCUCCGGCUUCCUGGUGGAGCUGUGGGCGAUCCUGGCACUCCAGGCGCGCCUGCACUUUCGACUGGAGGAGCGCGACGUCGGCGGCUUCGGUUACCGCGGCGAGAACGGCACCUGGACUGGUCUGGUCGGCGAACUCGCCUACGGCCGUGCCGACGUGGCGCUCAGCUGGCUGUCCAUGCAGACGACGCUCAAGGCCGUGCUCGACUACGUGGACGCCGCGCCGGUGAUGUACGACGCGUACGGGUUCUUCCUGCGCGCCGACGGCGGCGGCCGCGCCCUGCCGGCGCUGACACCCGAGCUCUUCGGCUCUCUGCUACGGCCGCUAAGCGUAGGCGUCUGGCUGACGCUGUUGGCCUCGUUGGCCGUGACGACGACGGCGCUGCGGCUGGUCGUGCGGCUGAGCCCAGCCACCAUCGAGGAUGGCGAGGUGCGCGACACGUUCGGCUGGGGCGCCUGUCUGCUGGCCAGCUUCAUGACGCUGGUCGGUCAGGGCUGGGCGCUGCUGCCGCGCUCGCCGGCCGCCCGCAUCGUCGCGCUCUGCAGCUGGGCCGUCGGCAUCGUCGUGUGCGCCAACUACACGGCGCUCACGGCGUCGACGCUGACGACGACACCCGAGGCGCUGCCGAAGUGGCGGGACAGCAGCGACCCGGAGCUGCGAGCACUGUGGCGACUCUCGGAGGCCGGCGGCCGGCGGCGUUACAUCACCAGCGAGCGCAACUCCAGCCUGGCCACCACGGAGCGGCGCGUGCUCAGCUACCAGGACGUGGACCGGCUGUACGCAAACGUCGGCGCUGAGGCGUGCCUGCUGCGGCCUGAUAAGCCUUUAGGUACCAAUGAGCUGUACCGGCUGCACAAUUCAUCAAGUAAGGACUAUGUCAUCACGGCCAGCUUCUUCGGCUUUCUCGAGUGCUCAUAA